CGUUUCCUUGGCAACGCGGCUCUCACUCUCGUUCGCAAAUAACAAGCAUACAAACAAGGCAUAAAAAAAAGGGAAACCUGCAGACGCUCCGAAAAAAGGAUCGGUACACACUCCCAUACCGAUACACGCUAGUUAUCUCCUUCGUCCGUACACAAACAGACGAGCGUUCAGUCCUUCGUCUCGAGAGAUUUUUCUUCCCACACGUAGUGAAGAGAGAAUAACAAAAAGACCGGCAACAGCAGCAUCAGCCUAUCGGCCGAGAUCAUCGCCGCCGCCGUUGAAAUUCCCGCGCCGCCGGCAACGACUCUUUCUCUCUCCCUCGCGAGCAAACAACGUGUGUAUACGUAUACACACAUGCGAGGAAAGAGAGAAGAGAGAGAGAGAGAGAGAGAGAGAGAGAGGGCUUGACUAGGCGGGCAAAGUUUAUAUAGCGGCAGCCUCGGCGUCUGGAACUCAGUCGCUGCUGCGCCAGACCAGCAGAAACAGACGUUUUCCUAUAUUCAGCAUACAGAGGAAAGAAAGAGAGAGGAAACAGCCAUGCGUACCCCUACAGUUAUCUUGGCGUUAGCGCUGUGCGUGACCUGCACAAUGGCCGAGGACAAGGCAGCUGAGCCGCUCAAGGCGGUCUCCGAAGGCACCGGACACUUUGCCACGAAUUUCUUCAAGCAAGUGUCGGCGGAGAACAAGGGUAAGAACCUCAUCAGCUCACCUCUGAGCGCCCACGUUGUCCUGUCGAUGGCCGCCUUCGGGGCCGGUGGUAACACCGCCGUCCAGAUGCGCCAGUCCCUUCACAUGCCCGCCGACGACGUCGUCUCCAAGCAAGGAUUCGAGAACCUCAUCGACACCCUCAACAACGUUGAGAACGUAACCCUGGAGGUCGCGAACAAGAUGUACCUCGCCAACAACCUGAAGCUCAAGUCCGACUACAAGUCGCUGACCAGCGGAACCUUCCGCUCGGAAGCCACUGAGAUCGACACCAGCAAGCCCGCCGAGUCCGCCAAGGUGGUCAACGACUGGGUUGACGAGAGGACCCACCACAAGAUCAAGGACAUCGUCAAGGAAGAUGACAUCACCAGCGACACCCGCAUGCUCCUGCUGAACGCCGUCUACUUCAAGGGAAAGUGGGCCAAGGAAUUCAAGAAAGAGGGCACCCAGGACAAAAUCUUCCACGUCGACGCCAAGACCGAGAAGAAGGUCCCCACCAUGUUCGCCUCCGGCAGCUACGUCUACGGUGAACUUCCCGAUCUCAAGGCCAAGUUCGUCGAGCUCCCGUACGAGAACAAAGACUUGAAGAUGGUCAUCAUCGUGCCCGACGAGAUCGAGGGCCUGAGCGCCAUCCAGGAGAACCUCGAGUCCUUCAACCACACCCGUCUCGCCGAGGCCGGCUCCGAGCGCGAGGUCCAGCUCUACAUCCCCAAGUUCAAGAUCGAGAGCACCAUCGAUCUCAAGAAGCCCCUGGAAGCCCUCGGCAUGACUGACAUGUUCAGCAACGCCGCCAACUUCACCGGCAUCUCCGACGAGCCACUCAAAGUAGGCAAGGUCCUUCAGAAGGCUUUCAUCGAAGUGAACGAGGAGGGCAGCGAAGCCGCAGCCGUCACGGUAAUCAACUAUUUCAUACGAUCUGGUCUACCACGAGUUAUUGCUACGAAAUUUUUAGCAGAUAGACCGUUUUUCUUUAUGAUAUAUGACGUCAAAGCAAACAUUCCUAUCUUCAGUGGAAGCAUCGUCAAUCCUUCAAGUAACUAGUAAUAGAGAAAUGAAAUGUUAUGUAUACAUUAUAGGAGUAUUGUACAGAAGAUAACAGUGUGCUUUAAAAGUAAAUAAAAUCACAGGCGAGAAAUGUUUAAAUCAAACCUUAUCUUCAAAAAGAAAUAUACUACUCACACGUAAUACCUAGACUACAUGCAUAUGUGCUUGAAUAACUUUAAAACUAAUGAAUUAUUCCUACCAAUUACCAUUUUCUCACAUUUUCUCAAUUCAUAUAUACAUACACCAUUAUUGAAUCGACUUACUCUUCUGUGGUUUAAAAAUAAAGAAGGUGCAUUCACCAAUCUUUUAUCAUGCGAUAACCUGACCGACUAUACUAACGAAGUGCCAAUUAAAAUACCAUCACUUUUUCAACCACUUAUUAUAAAUCUAAAAAAGUUUCGUUCAUUUUUUAGUUAUUAAAAUUAGACCUGUUAGUGCGCUGUUGUACGAAGAGGAACCAACAAUAAUAAAUGUGGACAGGCCUUUUGCUUUCGGAAUAUUCUACCACAACACUAAAACGAUUCUGUUCAGCGGAUAUAUUGUUAAUCCUACGGCUUAAUUGUCAAAAGCGCGCACAGAAAUAAAAGAAAGAUACAGUCCUGUUUACCUUUUGACGUAUAGGUAACGUUCCGUUCUCACUGCUCUAACUUUUCCAUUUAAAUAGAUUCUGUAGAGCUUAUUUUUGAGGAUUUUUUUUGCAUCGCAAAUAAAUUUCAAAAAACUGAUAUGCGAUUACUCUUUUGCAUCGUUGACCUGUCCAUCUUCCAAAACUACUAUUUCGAUCUAUAAUUAAUUUAUUUCCUAUAGGAUUAAAAUUGGCGAUUCAAUUCGCUCUCUUGCGUUUAAUUUAUGAAUACGUAUUCUAAACGUUGAUAUCAUACUUUCAGCAUAUCAAUUCGUAUAUCUAAGAUCGCCUCAACAACAAUAUCGCAUUAUAAAGAUGAUCAGGGCUGACAGAGCAUUUUAUUUUAAGAUAUGCAACAACAAAUUAAAUAUUUGCAUCUUUGCAGGAAGUCUCAGUAAUCCUGCAUAAGAUUAAUUUAUUUUAAAAUAAUGUCAACAAACCGCAAUUGAUUAAUCCGUGUUAAACUACACUAAAAACUGAAACGCCUUUCAACACAAUCUCUAAAUGGUUUUUGUUUAUUUUUAAUUAUUUCGAAUCAUAUAUACCUUUAUACUUGUUUACAAUUCUAUUAACCGAGUUUAUUUUAUUGUCAUUUUCCUGUUCUCAUACUAUUUCCAUGGAUUAAACAAUAGUAAUCAUGCACAAUGCCUGAAACAAAAGUUUAGGAACGCGAGUCAUUAAAACAAUAUGUAUUGCAUUUUCCAGAUAUUGGAAUUGAGUUGUUGGCUGCAAUCACUUCUGAUGAAGAUGAAACACUAUAUGUGGAUAGACCGUUUUAUAUUGAAAUAUUCAACAGUAAAAUUAAUGUUCCACUCUUUGUAGGAUCUGUAAUUGAACCGUAAACUAUAACGAUAAUAUUAUAUCCUAAGUGUUUAAAUUUAUACAUGCGUGAUUAUAAAAACACAAGUAAUAAGAAAACUUCACCUUGAUUUCUAACUUUAUCUUAUCUUUGCCAUUUCUCUAUCUAUCGUAGGGUAGAAGUUAUAUUAAUUAAUAAAAGAUUCACAAACUAUUUUCAAGUCUAUAUUUAGUAGUGAUAAAUUUUUCUGCAGAAUUAGAAGCAGCGCCUGCUAGUGCUCAAAUAAUAUUCGAUCCUCCAACUCUGGUAAAGCUGGAUAGACCGUUUUUCUUCGCGCUGUGCAGUGAAAAAACAAAUGUUCUUCUCUUCAGCGGACAAGUCUUUGCUCCAUAAAUCCCAACAUCGUAUUGAAUCUAUUAGCUGCAUAAUUAUUAAUCGAGACAACUAUGUAUACAAAAUUAAGUAUAUAAAUUAAGUAUUAAAAAAUGUAAGAAUUUCAUUGAUAUUAAAAAAUAAUAAAAUAAGCCUUAGUUUUUCAACGGCUGUCAAUAAAAAAAGUUAUUCAAUUAU